AUUGCCUAAUCAGACAAGACCCCAAACACUGACGUAAUCUGGAUUGAAAAUUUAAGAAAGUUCUACAGAUAUCAAGGAUUAUAACUUUCAAAUAAAACACUUCAAGAUGUCUUCAUCAAGUUCACCUAAACCUUUACCAUUUAUUUAUACUUUUUCGGCUGGCGCGAUCGCUGGAGUCACGGAGCUGCUGUGUCUGUAUCCAUUAGAUGUCGUUAAAACUCGGAUUCAGCUGCAAGGAAAGGUGACUGUCCCUGGUCAAGAUAGCUAUAAUGGGAUGAUAGACUGUUUUCAAAAAAUUAUCAAAACUGAAGGGUUCGGUCGCUUGUAUCGCGGUCUGGUACCUCCCUUGAUGCUCGAAGCCCCCAAGAGAGCUGUAAAAUUUGCUGCAAAUGAUUUUUGGGGAUCUACAUAUCGAAAUCUGUUAGGGACGGAUAAGAUGACACAGAACUUAUCACUUUUGACCGGUUUGAGUGCUGGUGCAACUGAAAGUGUUGUGGUAGUCCCAUUCGAAUUGGUAAAGAUCAGGCUACAAGAUCGGAACUCGACUUACAAAGGUCCCUUAGAUGUGGUCAUGAGGAUUGUCAAAACACACGGAAUCUUCGGACUCUACGGAGGACUUGAGUCAACGUUCUGGCGACACGUAUGGUGGAACGGUGGUUACUUUGCUUCAAUCUUCAAGAUCAAAGCCAUGAUGCCUAAGCCAGACUCAAAAAGUCGUGAAAUCAUGAAUAACUUCAUUUCAGGAUCUAUUGGAGGUUGUAUUGGAACGAUGCUUAAUACACCAUUCGAUGUAGUUAAAUCUCGAAUUCAAAAUACAUCUGUUCUACCUGGACAAACUCCGAAGUACGGUUGGACCUACCCAGCUAUCGCCAUGAUUGCUCGUGAAGAAGGUCUUGCUGCACUCUAUAAAGGAUUCAUUCCAAAGGUCUUACGUCUUGCUCCAGGUGGCGGAGUUCUUCUAGUAGUUGUGGAAGUUGUUACUGGGUUCUUUCGCAAGAAACUUGGUCCUCCUUACAUAACUGCGUAAAGACUUUAGCUCAUGUGAAAGGUUGUGUGAGUUGAUAGUUUCGGUCGUUGGUGUCCUUGCUUAAACAUCAACUACCUUGUAAGUAAACCAGAUCAAAUGAAUCGUAAAUCUAAUUUUCAUUGCC